UCCCUCCAAGCCACAGCUACAGCUCAUAACCUCACUCUUUCCACCCUACCCGACCGCAACCCUGGCAAAUAUACACGCCAUACCUAUUAUCAACAACGCCAGCUCCUGACCUCCGAAGAGGAAGACUUUCUUGCGGAAUGGAUACUCGAGCAAGAUAGACAGGGGCUCCCUCCCACGCACAUCUGCGCAUGCGAGAUGGCUCAGAAAAUUCGACGGACCCAUAGUGAUAUCAAACCACUU